AGAGCUCAUAGCAGCUGAAUCUCCAGACCCUGCAGAGGCUGCACUCCGACUCCACCACCUUCACUGCCUUCAUCAUCUCCAGCGUCUGAAGAGUUUCCAUCAGGAUGGACAGCAGAGUCGUGGGGGUGUGUUUACUUUUGACCAUCUUCACUCUGACCGAAGUGUGUGUGAAUGUGUGUGGUCUGGGUGUGGAACCGCGGUGCCACUGCAGUGGAACCGAGAGCAGACGGAUCGGCAAACUGAUCAAGACAGUGAAGUUCUUCCCCCCGAACCCCCACUGCCAAGAGAUGGAGAUCAUAGCGAAGCUAAAGAACACGGGACGGGAGAUCUGUCUGGACACUAAAGCUCUGUGGGUCAUGAGGGUCAUCGAGAAGAUUAUGGUCAACCAGUCACCCUGAGGUCAGGCAGUGCUCUCUACUCAUUCACCGUCAUUUCCUGAAGUUCUAGAUGAGCUUUUCUGGGCCUGUUCUGGAGAACUGGAGUCCUUGGUGGGCAUCCAAGUAAUCUGCUUUGACAUGUUGGUGCCAAAAUUACUCACAUUUAUCUUGGUUGUUGUGAUGCUGAUCUUUUCUUCUUGACCUCUUCAUUGCUGCCAGCGCAGGCGUGGUUUUUGUCUUUCUGCCGCACCCUACAUACACCCUGGAGUGGAAAUCAGCUGUACUUACUUUAUAGCCGAUUAAGAUGCUCUAGAACAUGGUAGAAAUGACCAGGACCAUUUAGAAUUGCAUACAAGCUCAUGUAUAAGCUUAUGAAUGGUAUAAACAUAUUUUCUCAAUAUGUUGUGCCAAUUUCAAGGGGUAUGAAUAACUUUGGACAUGGAUUUUUUUUAUCCAUUAUUAUGUUUUAUCCAUUAUUAUGUUUUAUCACCUGUUUACUUCAUCGUCAGCCAAAAGAAACCUAUUUUUCAAAUGAAAUUCAGUAUGAACAAUAUUUUGGUGUGGGGUUGAUUAAUUUGGUGCUGUAUAUAUGCGAGACGUAAUUAAACUGGAUUUGUCAUCACAAUUA